AUGGCGGCAACCGACGACUUUUCCAGCGACUCAACGGGCGACCGCGACCUGCGGGUCCAGUUCGCGCGCGUUUUCGCCACGAAUGACCGGUGGCUGUUCGCCUACCUUGUGUCGCUGCUCGGAUCGCCGACCGACGCGGAAGAAGUGUUCCAAGAGGUGUGUGUUAUCCUCUGGCGAGACUACGACAAAUUCGACCCGAACACGAAUUUCAUGAAAUGGGCCAGCGUUAUCGCGCACCACCAGGUGCACCGAUUCCGCAGGAACCAAAGAAAGCAAGCCAAGCCGCUUUCAGACGCGGUGGUUGACCUGCUCGCCGACGAGGCGGUCGCUAAGGCCGACCUGAUGGACUCGCGGAGGAUUGCUCUGCACGACUGCUUAAAAAAGUUGCCGGAAGCGGAUCGAGAGCUGGUGCGGAACUGCUACUCAGACAGCCGCCACUCAAUGAAGACGGUCGCCAAGCUCCUAGGGCGCCCUGCAAACACCGUCUAUAAAGCCAUGAACCGUAUCCGCCGAUCCCUGCACGGGUGCAUCGACCGCAAGCUCGCGACGGAGAGGCUGUUGCGGGGCCUGCUGGAUGCAUUCUGCAAUGGCGACCUCCCCUCGAAUCGCAUCGCCCGAUUCAAUGAACUGCUUGAGAACGACUCGCUCGCUCGCGAAACCUACCUCAAGUUUCUUGCGGUCGAGGCCGAGAUGCAUGCGCUGCACAGCACGCGGUCGCAGACCAUUGCAGCUUCGGCGGUCGUUGAAGUCGACGACAACCGUGGCGCCAACUCUUCGACUUCGAGGCCCGUGAGCAUCUGGGCAAUUGCUGCUUCGUUGAUCGGGGUCGCAGUCUUGUCGAGUGUCCUCACAUCGGCGGUAACCAAGCCGGGGGCAGAAUUGCUCAACCGACAGGUUAACGCGGAGAAUCCGCCGGAGGCCACAACGCCUGUAGCGCGAAUCUCUGCCACACGUAACUGCCGCUGGCGUGAGCUAGCUGGGGGAUCGGGGUUUGGAGCAAAGCUAUACCCGGGCCAGCGUCUCGAUCUCGAGGCGGGCGUUGCCGAGAUCACCUUCGGAAGUGGGGCCACCAUUCUGCUGGAAGGCCCUGCGUCAUUCAAUAUCGAUGACGCCAAGGCGGCCAGCCUUGAUAGCGGGCGACUAUCGGCACGGGUCCCCGAUGACGCUCCUCUGUUCCUGGUUCGUACGGGCCGGAUCGGCGUGGGAAGAUUUGCAGGCGGCGAAACAUCGAUGCCUCCGGCGCAGGCGGCAGAAUUUGGACUACUAUCCGACGGCCUAGGCGGCGGCGAGGUCCACGUGUUCGAUGGGACGAUCCACGCCCACUUGCUCAGUCAAGCAGGCGAUCAACUACGCUCGGUACUUCUGAACAGUCAAGAAGCCGCGCGGGUGCGCCCGGCGUCGACGACCGUGGCCCGUUUCCACGCCAACAACGACCGGUUCGUGCGUUCGCUCUCGGGCAGUUCCGGUCCCCACGGCGGGCUCUACGCUUAUGAGGGAUUCGACUACCCGGUGGGCCCUCUCUCCUGGCAGAACGGCGGCUUCGGAUGGGCCGGGCCGUGGGCCGAUAUCGAGACCAACGACCCGGUCGACGGCGAAGCGACCAACCAGGUGGCAAAGUCGAGCCUAGCGUUCGGCGAAGCGCGACUGGCUGGCAACCGGGCGGUUCAGGUCGCGCAAUCGAACCGCAUCCGGCGGGUGCUCAGCACGUCCAUCGGCGGCGUGUUCGACGCGGCCGGGCUGGUGGAGAACCGUGACGGGCACCGUCUCUUAGGACGCGAGGGAAACCGCAUCUACGUUAGUUUCCUGCAACGGGUCAACCGCACCAACGAUGUGUUUUAUGGCUUUGAGUUGAACCGGGGCGACGGCAACGCCAAUCGAGUGCUGUGUGUGGGAAACGGCGCCGACGGGGCUGGCUACGGCGUCACCUCCAACUACAACGCCUACGGGGCCUCGAACUACCCGUCGCUGGGCGAUGAGAACACUGAAGCCAACUUAAUCGUCAUCCGCAUCGACUUCCGCGAUGAUGACCGUGACGAGGCCGUAAUCUUCCGGAAUCCAAAGUCGCUGAUUGACGAAUCGGAGAAUCGGGAAGUCGCUAGGUUACGCGGCAAUUUCGCGUUCGAUCGCAUCAGCCUCGGUAAUUUUGAGGGCUCGAAGACUCAUGAGAUUGACGAGGUCCGGGUUGGCACCAACUACCGCGCAGUGACUGGGCAGCGCGACCACAUCCGAAACAACCUUAUGCAUCCCGUGGCAUUGCUCAACCGGAGAGCGGGCUUGGCGUUGAACAUUCCGGCGGAACAAAGUCCGCGUAGAUGGGCGGCGAACCUGCCAUUGGUUGCUUCCCUUACUAAAUAG